AUGACAACCACCCACCUCGCCGCCAUCUCCCCGGGCCCCGGCCAACCCAUCGAGCUUCACCCGCGACCCACCCCUCAACCCGGUCCAAACGAGCUCCUCAUCGCGGUCAAAUCCAUCGCCCUCAACCCAGCCGACCACAUCAUGCAGGACACCGGCCUUUUUGUGCCUGCCUCAAGCUACCCGACAGUCCUAGGCUUCGACCUGGCCGGCCUCGUCCUCUCAGCCGGCGCCGACGUCCCUCCCCUCGAAUUCCACCCAGGAACCCGCAUCGCCGCCUACAGCGCCCUAGUCUGGAAAGCCAGCCACCCGGACUACGGCGCGUUCCAGGAGCGGUGCCUCGUGCCGUGGCAGCACGCGGUCGUCCUCCCCGACAACGACGACGAAGAGGACGGCAGGUUGACCUGGAACGAAGCAGCCACCCUCCCCGUCGCCGUGCAAGUCCCGCUGAGCGCGUGGGAUGCGAUGGGCAUUCCCCACAACCCAGCACCUAGAGACUCCCCCUACUCCCACCCCACCACCACCCCACCGAAGCAAAAGGAUCAAGCCCUCCUCAUCUGGGGCGCCGCCUCCAGCGUCGGCAGCAUGGGCGUGCAGACCGCGCGCCUCCUCCGCGCCGACCCGUCCACCCCCUUCGCCGCCGUCUACGCCACCGCCGGAACACCCCGGACCCGCGCGUACGUCGCCUCGCUCGGUGCGGACCGCGUCUUCGAUUACGGGGAUCCCCUCGCUACCGCUAAGAUCAUCGCUACAGCCCGGGAGGAGGGGCUGGUGAUUCGAUAUUGUUUUCUGGCGGUGGGGCAGUUGGGGCUUUGUCAGGCGGUGGUGGGGGCUCUUGUUGGCGAGAACCAGGAAAAAGGGAUGAUCGCGUCGGCGCCGCCGGUGCCCGCCGAGGCGGAGGCGGUAGAUGGGGUGGAGACGGUGUUUGUGAUGCCUGCGGCGGGGGAGGGGGAGAGACUGGCCCAGUUUCGGGGUUGGUUGGGACUGUGGUUGCGGGAGAAUUUGGAGAGAGGGAGGAUUCGGGCCAGUCCGGAGGCGAGGGUUGUUGGGAGGGGAUUGGGGGCUGUGAAUGCUGGGUUGGAUGAGCUGCGGCGCGGGUCAGUUUCCGUUGUAGAAGGGAACCGGUUGAGCGUGGUAGAGUUAGCGUAUGUGCAACAGGUUUACGCUGAGGGUGUUGCUAUGGCAUCACUGAACCGACUCCGAUAA